UCCAAAAGAAAAUGAAAUUGAUUUAGUUCCUCAAAUGGAAACUUGCGGCUUAUGGGCAGAUAUAUCAGGAGCUAAAAAUAUUGUUGCCUAUCAUGCUCAAAGCUUAAUUUAUAAUGUAAACAAUAAUGCUGUAGAAGGAUUUAAUAGCGUAGUAGCGAAAUUUGUUGGUGGAAAGAGGGUGAACUUUUCUUUACGAGGAUCAUACAAUGUAAGAUGUAAUGCUGCAGUUUCAUCAUUUAAUUUUGGUCCAAAAUAUUUAAAAAAUUUUUAUAAAAAAGUUAUAAAUGUAAGUCCUGGAGUAUAUACUAAAAAAUUCGUAAACAAAAUUAAUAAAAACCAGCAUAUAAAGAAAAAAAAAUGUAUUGCUGGACCAGAUGAAGAUUAUGGAGCUGUAGACAUUAGAAUAGGUAUAAUUGAUAUGCCACUCGAAGAAUACGAUGCCAAAAAAAAUGCAUUUUUAAAAAAAAUCUAUUUAACCGUCGAUGAAAUAGUUACGAUAGAAAGAAAUACCAUCGGACAACAAGAAAAUGACGAUUGGAAAAAAUUUAGAAAACAACGACUCACGGCAUCAAAUUUUGGCAAAAUAUGUAAAUUAAGACCUACUAUAGUAGGUAUACUUCGCGAGCGAAUACUGUAAAAUAUAUUUUAUAUGAUAUUUUCUAA